UUCAAGGCAGCACUAAAAAAUUUUUCAUUGUUUCCACAUGUGGAUAUUAGGCGUUCCUUCUCACUAGCCAAUCAAACAGAGUCUUCUCUCUGAAGAGUAGAGAACAUCCUGAGAUUCAAUUCUUUCAGCGCAGCAUUUUGAACACGAUGACACCUUUGACGAUUGCUUGGUACCUGACUUGUUUGUUCUUGGGAACUUCAGCUCAGAAAUCACCGAAGUAUGUGCAUCAAGAGAAGACUUUUUAUUCAGUUAAUGUUGGUGAAAGUGUGACUUUGCAGUGUUUCUAUGAAGGUGAUGCAGUGAUGUUUUACUGGUAUAAACAAACUCUAGGACAGAAACCAAAGCUCAUCUCUACCUUCUAUCAACAUAAAAGUGGCACAUUUCAUGAUGAAUUUAAGAAUGAUUCUCGUUUCACACUGGACACAAGAGAUGGUAAAAAACACUUGACAAUCUCCAAUUUACGUGUUUCUGACUCAGCUACUUAUUACUGUAUAGGUAGCUAUGCAUUUCAGUUUGAAUUUGCGGACGGCAUUGUUGUCAGCGUUAAGGGUUCAGGUUUGGACAUCCAAGCUGAGAGCAUCCAGCCAGGAGGCUCUGUGACUCUGAACUGUACAGUACACACUGGGACCUGUGAUGAUGGAGAACACAGUGUUUACUGGUUCAAAAACUCUGAAGAAUCUCAACCAGGAAUCAUUUACACACAUGGAGGCAGGAAUGAUCAGUGUGAGAGGAACAGCAACACACAAACACACACCUGUGUCUACAACUUACCAAUGAAGAGUGUGAAUCUUUCUCAUACUGGGACCUACUACUGUGCUGUCGCCUCAUGUGGACAGAUACUGUUUGGAAACGGGACCAAGCUGGACCUUGGCAAUGAAGUGGACUUUGUCCUGGUCUACUUCUUGUUUGGAGCUUUGACAUUCUCCACCAUCCUGAUCGUUUUUCUGGCAUAUGCAGCAUAUACAAUGAACAAAAACUGCUGCCAACGUACAGAGUCUCAAGAAAGAUCUCCAGUGGACACGACUCCAGAUCCAGAGAGUUACAGAGACGCAGAUAACCUCCAUUACGCUGCUUUAAGGGAGAACAAGGUCAGCAGGUCAAGAAGACAGAGGGACAACACUGGGACUGAGUGCGUUUACUCCAGUGUGAAGCAAUAACCUGGCUGCACUUUUAGAAGACAUGACUCUCUA